UCGAUGCGAAAGAUGGGAUGUAUGAUGUCAAUUUAAAUGUUAGAAAUUGCGAUUUUUGUAUUUGAACUUCGUCGGAAAUGUUCCGUUUCUACAUUUAAAUACAAUUGUAUCAAAAACUGUGUAUUCACGCAGCUGUUGUCAUGUAAAGCUUGAUGGGAGUCACCAUUGAAGCACAUUGGUCUAUUGCGAAUUUUGAUAGAUGCUGCAUUCUAACACGCAGUUGCUUUUUACGAGAGGGGUUAGGAAAUGGAGAGUGAAUAUGGAGGUACCUGUGAUCAGACAGAACUGAAAUCAUUGCUUAAUGAAUUGGAAGUGUCUUAUAAAAUGCAGGAAAAAGAAGCUAAGUACCAUGUGAUCAAACUUCAAGAAGAAAGCUUAAAAGUGAAACAGAUCCUCUCAAAGAUAUCAUUGGUUGUCAGAUCUGCUGAACAGAAAGGAAAUAUUGAAGAUUAUCAAGCACUUUAUAAAAAGGCUAUCGAGGAACGAGAUGAAUAUAAACUGAAAGCUCACAAUCAGGCAUGUGCUAUAAUGAAAUUAGAAAGAGAGCUGUGUAAAAUAAAAAACGGUACCUUGGACAACAAAAACGUUGGUUCAAAUAGUGCGUCAUAUUUGGAUAAGGAAAUUGAUUUUUUGCAUACGGAAAAUGCCUCUCUCAGAAAUGAACUCAAAUGCCUUAAAAACCUUCUAAAUGAUCAAGAGCAUUUGAAGAAAGAACUGUCUGACAGCAACUUGGAGAAUAUUUCUCUUAAAGAACAGAUUGUUAAUAAACAAACAGAGUUAAUGGAAAUGCAGUAUCAGUUUGACAGUAAACUGAAAAAAGUACAGACAGAAUGUGAACAACAUACAUUAAAUCUACAAAAGAAACUUUCAGAGUGUCAAGAACAACUAACAGAGGCCAAGAUUUCAAAGGAGUUGACAGAGAGUAAUCUGAAGGAGAAAUAUGCAUGUGCAUUGAAUAAAGUGAAAGAAAUGCAGCAGAAGCUUGAGAAAAUAGUUGACGAUAAUGGAAAUGAAGGUACAUGUAUAGUGGGCUCUCCACCAGACAAGUCUGAAAAUUCAGCCAAGAUGGCAAAUGAAUUUGCUGAAUCAAAUGGUUGUGAACAAACCAAGAUCACCACUGUUAUCACUACUACCAGAAGCAGCAGUAGUACCGUUACUACUACUGAAAAAGUUUUGAAGACCUCUUAUUCAUCAGAAGAUUCCCCAGAGAGGAAUGGUUCAGACAAAAGUAAUAAAAUGAAAUUGAAAAAAGGAGUAGCAGUGUGCCUUUUGGACGAUGAAGAGCAGCUGGUGGUUAAAGGAGAGGAGAGAUCAGAUGACUGUGAGAAUGAGGAUUUGUCAGAAGAGGAAGUUGAUGAAAUAUGCAUCCUGUUAUGAAACCAACAUAGAAACAGUGCACCAGAAGAAAAUUUAUGUAUUCUGAAGAUGGUUGAACUGAAAGUCCUAUCCUUAUGGCUAGAAAUGUUAGAGCAUGUGCAUCUUGCAUUAGUGGAUAACAUUUUUCCCUGUAUGCAUGCAUGCACCAGUGUGUGUGUGUGUGUGUGUGUGUGUGUGUGUGUGUGUGUGUGUAGGCAUGUGGUAUUAAUUUACCAUAUGGUAUUAAGAAUAGCUUCAAUAAUGAAGCUGAAUUGAUGAUGCAGACCAUUACAGAAUAUUGUCACACAUGUCAGCUAAGAGACAGAAGACACAUACUGAUACAUACAUGAUAAAGAGUGAGGUAGAUAAUGAACAAGUUUAGACACUGUAGAAAAGAAAGGGAGGGGGGGAGGGGGGAGAGAGAGAGAGAGAGAGAGAGA